AUGUCUCUACCUAUUUCGGAAGACAACCCUUUCCAGGUUCUGAUUGCGGAGUCAAAUGAUGACCCGGCUCAAUUGCAAUUACGCUAUGAGACGCACCGAAUGAAUCGAAACGAGCAGCAAAGGACCAAAAUCAUAGCGGAAGACUUCCCGGGCUGGUCUUUGGACGAGAUUCUCAUGAGACUCGAUGGCCCUGCGAAAGAGGAAGAAUUCCUCGAUCCUCGCAAUUGCCUUGUCAUCUGGGCCAGGCCUCCUCCUCAUAUCUGUGAUAUCAUCUCCUUUGUCCAAAGUGAAUUGAAGGACGUUGCCCCCUCCCUUUGGCUUAUGCCCGCUGAAAACCUGCACACAACAAUUUUGGAAGUGGCUCAUUCUUUGACGGAAACUCAAAUUGAAGAUCUCGCUCAAACUCUCAAGACUUCCACUGCAAUCACCCUGUCACAGCUUUCGGACCACCCGAUUUCUCACCAAUCACGUCUUUUGAAGCCUAUGGUGAGCUUCGACUCUUCAGCAAUGGCACUGAGCUUUGCUCCUGCCGCAGGAGAAUCCUCGACAGACCAAUCCAGUGGUCAUGAUGAUCAAUAUACUUAUCAUCAUCUUCGUCGGGAUAUCUUUGACAUGGUCCGGAAAGCUGGUAUCCCGGUUGCUUCGCGCUAUAUUGUUCCUUCGGCGCAUGUUACAAUCGCGCGCUUUAUUACUCAGGAUGGAUUCCAAGUCUCUGGACAUGUUGAUCAUUUACGUGUGAAAAUGCUAGUUGAUAAAAUUGGCGAAGUCAAUAAGAAGUUGGAAACCAUAUACUGGCCCCAGACUGAUGGGAAUCAACCUGCAAAAGGUGAAUGGGUUGUUGGUCAGGACAAGGGCCUGGUUAUUCGGAGAGGUCGUCUUUGGUAUGGAGGAGGUGAGAAUGUGUAG